GUUGGCCAGGCCAGCAAUGGGGAAUAAUAAGGAGCAAACCGCGUUAAGUACAAUCGGUACGACAUCGAGUGGAACAGUUUCCGGUAGAAUGAAUCCAUCGAUGAAAAAGAACGCCGGGAACAACGAGAAUUUGAAAUCUAACGAACAGUUGUCGAAGAACGUGAUUAUAAAUCAAUCUACUUCGACGUUCAAUAGCGUGCAAGGCACUACAAAGUCGUCGAAGGAUUACACCGGGAGAAAGUUCUCCAGCGACAUCGACUCGAAGAUGAAGAAUUAUCAGAUCCAGUCGGACUACAAGGAAUCUGUAAACACUCAAGAUUACAAACCGAGGAGUAGCGCGACGAUGAAUAACUUGUCGUCGAGAUUCGCGAAUCAGUCGUCGGUUUCAGCGUUGCACAAAGAGAACGAUGGAAAUUCUCAGCCAGCGUCGAGGAACGACAAUACCGCGUUUGCCGUAGCUAGGAAAGCGUUGGAGCAGCAGAAUCAGGCGUCGAAAAUGGCACCGAUCAAUUUUCCACCACUGCGCGCGCCGCAGAGCAUCGUGAACGUUCGCCACCCGUUCGUAACGGAGGCGCGAACUAAGCAUAACGAGAUGAUAGCCGGUCCGAAUUCGAAAUCGAAGGUGAACGUGGCGAGCUCGUUGCAAGCCGGCGUGAAGGAGCUCGAUCCCAGUAGGCAAACGUUUCAUAGCUACGGCACGUCGCAGAUAGCUAGUAUACCGAGCGUUCAGAGUUUGAGUAACGUUACUGCGAAUAUGUCGCCUUACCCUAGACCGGACAGUUUUCCCCAGCCGACCGUGGCCAGCGUGCUAUUCCCCGAUACGUCCCAGUUCCCUCAGUCACCACCGUUUAGCACCACGCAGAUCGGUCAGUUGAAUCAAUAUCAGACAUACGAUCCUGGCAGCUUUGCGACGACACCGGUGAACGUGAAUCCAGUGAUUCCUCAGUUCUCCGCGGAAAGCUCGAUUCCGUAUCCGCAGUACGACAACGCUCCUCAAUUCGUGCAACCGAAUCAUUUCGCGACGGCGACGGACCUAGCGAAUAGCCAAUACCAAUAUCAGGCGGCGGCGGGCGUGGGACAAUUGCAGGACUCGCCGAUGUUCAUACAAAGCUUGCAAAGUCCGAUCGCUGUGACCGAUCAAUACGCUGCACCGAGUUACGCCAGAACAGUUAGGACAGAAUUGAUACCGCGAUUGAGGAGGCCACCGAGAUUCAACAAGUAAAAAUAAUAUAUUUUUUUUUAAUUUACAUAUUAUAUGUAUGUAUAGUCUCGAAUGGUAGUUCGUGAGAAGUAAAUAGAUACGAGCCUCUAUCUUUCAGUAAAACUGAUGUAUAACGUGUACGUGUAGAUAGAAUCGCGUGCAAAUUUGUCAAUUUACUUGAUUGAACUAUCGACACGUUACGCAAAGGGGAUUUGGUAAAAGUUAUUUCAAUUUCUGAUCCAUUUUGAAAUAGAUUUUAACCAAUCUCUGCGUAUCGAUAUGCGUGUUGAAGUGAUAGCUAAUAUUUUGGCAAAAUUGCGUGUGGACGCACGUGUUAAGUGACCGUUAGCGGCUUAAUUCCGUUCGGAACGGUUUUAUACGUGUACAAAAGGAGGGACAGUAUCACGCAGAAACGAGACGAGGAAAAAAAAUCAUUUUCACUUAUUUUCAUCAUUCAGCGUGACGUGGCAGGGCAUUGUCAGUUGAGCUCGACUUAUAAUUUAUCUGACAUCGAGAGAUAAAAGAGAAGAUUGCAUCCAGUCUGUUACAUUGUACAUAAAUUCUAAUUGUUAAUAAGAAUAGUCUCAUUUCUAUAAAUAUAGUGAUCGCGAAAUAAAAAGGAAAACGGGUCUGGCAAAUUUGUUUUCGUCUCGAAAUCGACUAGCGAAGGCAAGUUUGUUAGCGUUCAUGUUGUCCAUGAAGGUAUUCAUAGGAAUGAAGAUCUGUGAAAUAAGAAAAGUGAAAGGAACAGAAAAAGAGAGUAAAAAAAGCACGGAUCAUAAUCAUAUUAACGAUAAGUCCUAGUUUUAAUGAAUGGUAUUCUACAAGCUAUACUUUGCAUAGAAUUAGUGGAGGUUUUCCAAUAUUUGCAUAUUACUUAGCUUAUUGCUAUGUUUUUAAUGUGCUUCACUACCUAUAUAUGAUAUGGUGGCAGCGCGGCGAUGUUCAGCGUUUCUGAUGAACUCAAUGUGAACAUCGUGGCCUCCACCGGGCGUAUGCACAGUGCAAACGUAGCUUUCGGCGAUCCGAGUAUAAUGAGGGCGAUCGCGAUAAAACUAACGAUAUAAUCUUUCAGUGGUGUAUGUUUUUCCUUUAGUAUGGUAGCUCAUAAAUUCAUAAGCAUCAUAUAUUAAAUACACGUAAGAUUAAUCGUUAAGGGAAACUCCUCAUUAAGCACGCAUCUCGUAUUAAACGAAUAUAUACACCUGUGUAUUGAAUUUUCAAAUUUUACCGAUGCGCAUCGACAUCGACGAAAGAAAAAUGCCGUGCAGAGAAUGCACCGUGGAAAAAAUGAGGAAAACAGGAAAAUGACCAACUGGAAUGAAAACUGGAAAAGUGAACGCGUUGCGUGCAACGGCGCACUUGUUUUUACAUCAUGAAUCCUGUUCGUGAUUAAAUCGUAAGUCAUGGAGAAAUGUAAAAAAAUUACUGUACCGAUACAGUAUCGAUUUAGAUACACUGAGUAAGUUGGAACGCAUUCAUCGUAACAUCGAUCAACGAACACGUUGUAUUAUUCCUCCGGGAAUAUUUUUUCCGGUGUUUAAUCAUUUUUCCUGCGUGAUUUCAAUCUACAUAUGUGUGCAUACGCAAUUUCGUCCACGACGAUUAUUUUCGCCUUUCAGAUGAAUAUCGUCGAUCAUUGAGUAGAACUGUCCGGAGAAGUAGUAGAAGUACACUUAAUUUAUUUUUAAACAGACUUACCAGUACGUAAAAUCGUGCGUGUUCGUAUAUCGGAAAGAUAAAUUAAAUACCGAUGGAAUCGACAGUCAGCGUAAAAUGCAACUAAACUGGUGAAACUUUUUUCGUGCAGAAGGUUUUACCUAUGAAAUGGUGUAUGCAUGCAUACCUAUUGCAUUAAUCGCCGACUCGAUAACGACGAUAUGCAACGAUAAGCCGAUGAAUCGUCGCGCGUAGCUGUGGUACCUUGUCACGAUCUAUAGUACAAAAAGAAGUUCGUCUCCUGUAAGAAUAAAGUGCAUCGCAGGUCACAAGGUAUCGCGGAAACGUAUUGGACUCGAAUAAGAUUAAGAGAGGAAGAGUGCAUGAAAAAUCGACAAGUAGGGAAGAGUUCUUUUUCGAUGACGGAAAUAUUAUUGAAGGUUUCAUGAGUCGCGAUGAUUUCCCUGGUCGAAGCAUAUUUCAUACAUACUUUUGGAAAAUAGGCAUUACUUACAUGCAAAGUAUAGAAUGUGUAUGUGUGUAAACGGAAGUACAUUGUUAGGUUGAUAACACAAUCUACUAUUUCCUUAUGGAUACAAAAGAUAUAAAAUGAUAGCAAGACGAGGCAACAAUAUAGGGAGAUAGGGACAGAGAGGCUUGCUGACCGUGAUUGCUAGGACUAAUUACAGUUCGUUUUGAACGAAUGAAAAAUGUUUUACGAAGGUAAUUUGAAACGAUCGAUUGCCAGUAUGGGUGAUAGUAACUGUAUCGGGUGUAAUUAUUGUACGUAUUUAUUUUCUUAGAGUUUGCGAAUUUAGAAAGCUCGUUCAGCCUUCUGUUUCGACGUUCGCUUCAGUCUCUCUUAAUUUUUGUGUUUUUUUUUGUACAAGAACGUACUAUUUUUUUUUCUUAUUUUUGAGAAUACGUAUAAUUUUACGUUUAUCCUGCAUCGAUAAGCAAUUUCUUGUGCCAAUCGAAAUCAAUUUCUCGUGAAUUUGGAAUUCAGGUGGUAAAAGACAUGGAAUCUUGUGAAAGAAUAAUUGACAUUGGCCAAUUUCUAAGGGAACAUAUCAAUGAAUUACGUAAAAUUAGUAGAGAACGGUCUGCUGAAUACGUACUCGGAGAAUCGAAUUUUUGCUUUUUUUUAAACUUCUUUUUGUUUAUUAGAAGAGAUUCUAAGUGACGAAGAUGAUUUUUAUCUUACGUCGGAAUAAAAUUUAUUUUUUUAAUAUUUCCCAAACACUUUUUUUUCUUGUUACGAUUGCAAAAUCGUUUUAUGAUAUUAUAAAAUGUUGUUCGCAUUUUCUUUUCUGGGAAUGUCUCGUUAGAAAUUCGCCAGGAAGAAAAGGCGCAGCAAAAUUCUUCGUUUUUUACAACUCUGCAUAUACCUUUUAUUAAAAGAAUGUGCUGAUCACGUUUGAAAUGUCUUUAGGAUCUUGAAGAUUCUAAAUCAGUCGAUCAGUGUUUCUAGAAAAUGAAAGAAAAGAACGAGAGAUGAUCCUGAUAUCGUUUGAUAUUCUCUUACCGAAGUGAAGAAGGAUUAGAUAAGUAAUCAAUCCUACAAAACGGCGAAUCAAAUGUAAUGAGAGAGAUAUUGUAAUGCAUAAUGAGAGAAGUAUGAUAGAGAGAGAAAAAUAGACUUCCCAUCUCCUUCGACUGCGGGGAAGCACUUCUUCGUGGAACAGUUUUAAGAACGGAGAAAGGAGACGGAAGUUACUCAUUGAACAAAAAUGAUGGCACCCAAUGUAGUAUCUUUCUGUCGAAGAUUACAGUAUAAGUACAUUACAUCUACAUGCUUGUUUAGCACUUUGUUUCUCCUUUCUCGUUCGUAUGAUUCACCACAGAAGUGGGUGUUCUUGGAGGCGCGAAUAAAGGAAACGGUUCCCAGUGGCUUGUAAUGUUUGAUUGAAAAGUGAGGUAAAGGGAGGAAAAAGGGUAGUGUAGCAUUUUUCAACAGGAUUCGAGUCCUGUGCAUUCAGAAACUAAUAACUUACACAAACUCAAACGCGCUGAGAACGCAACGGUAAUAUCGCAUGCAAUUUUAUUGUUCAGUGCAUUUUGUAAGCGUUUUAGAAGGCAACGCAGAGGAUGAAAGGGCACGUUUUUGAAGAGAUUCGCGAUUAGAUGCGUUUUGUUUGCGCCUGUGUCGCGGAUUUCCAUCUUUCUGCCCCUGCACACAUACUUAAAUAUAUAAAUUCACGAGUUGAAAUAUAUACAAUUGUACAAAGGAUAGAAAAGAACGGAAAUCGUUUCUCUUAAUCUUCGUGAUAAGAUCAAUUUUUCAGAUGAGCGAGAGCGAGAACGAGAAUGGAAGGGACAGGAGGGUCUUAGUUGGAAAAUUUAUCUCAUAAAGGAGAAAUCAUUGAAACUUGAAUGUCGUCGAUAUUUGUCAAUUUUCCUUUCCCUUCUCUGAACAACGCUGAGCUCCUCUCUAAAACCGAGAUUUAUUGGGAUCGCGAAUCGUAAAUUCCAAAGAUACAAAGGAAAUGUAGAUAUUUAUUUCUUGCCGUGAAACAAAA